UGUUGCUUAGUAACGCCAAAACAGGUGCACUAGUCCUCAGUGCCUGACUGCAGAAUGUGGGGUAACGUUAACUUGCUUAGCUAGUCAGUUGAAUAAAGUUUGGUUCUAGGUCGAGAAGGAAAAAUACUACAAUUGAAUUGGUUGCUGCUGCAUGUAAAUUAAAGUGAAACAUGACUGACGGAAAUACCUCUCACCAACCGAAAUAUAACUUCACAGACACAUGUCCAAACAUACCGACGGCCGGGAAACUUAUACCUGAAGGAGACAGGGCUAAAUCCUGCAUGCAAGAAGCAACAAGGCCCCCUACCCCACCAGUGGUAAGGAAGUUCCGCAGCAGCACCCAUCCAGAACUAGGAGCUGUCAGAGUGCACCAAGGAAAGGCAAAUGAUCCAGAUGUUGCCAGUACCCUUGUUCAUGGCAUCAGCAGCAAAACUUCCCUCACUGGCAGAAGUGUGCUUAAUCCUCCUCAAAAGACCAUGUUCCAGCAGAAAUUACAAGAGCUCAGUGAAGCAGUGUACACCUCCAGUAAAGCCCCAGUAGGCAGGUCGCAUGAUCAGCAUGUUGGACUCCCCCCCUGGACUACAGACAAAACUACAUAUGGUGUGAAAACAAUUAGAGGGUUGGAUGUGUAUGAGAUUAUUAACCCUUCGAAAACAGCGGAGGAGUUGGAGAGGGAAGCUCAGGAGGGACAUGAGUCUUACAUUCGUAGCCACAACGCCUAUUUUGUUGGUGAGAGGAUUGAUAGAAAGUAUGACAUGGGUCACUACAGUAAAGACAGCAGGUUUGGGAUCCUCACACCUCAUUUCACUGACGGACGUACUAUUGGCAAAACUCUCCACUGGCUGGGGGAGACUAAGAAGUUUUACAAUCCAAAGCCUGUGUGGAAGAGAUCUGGAAACAGGGAAACGAGGCUGCCACAAGCUGGAAAAACUAAGAAUCUGAGAGGAAUUACCUUAAAUCUUCAACCAGAUCACACCUUUGGAAAUCUCUCGCAGCCUGAUGAAUUUGAUGUUGGAGCUCUGCUCCACUGCACAGAGCCAGAUGAAUACAUUAGAGACCGAGACGGACAGCGCAGCCUGGUCAGCGCAGUGCAACACUACCUGAAGAAAGUCAACUUCCAAAACUUCCCCUCCCUGCUGCAAGCGUUCAGACAUUAUGACAAGGCAGGCAAGGGAAUGAUUGACAAAGAGGACCUGCAGGCAGUGUGCCAUCAGUUCCACCUAGAUGUGAGCAGACAGGUUCUGGAUGCCCUCAUGGACUACUGCGACACAGACAAGGACGGACUAAUCAACUUCCUGGAGUUUUCCAACUUCCUCAACUGGAAGGACAAGAUGCCCAUCAACCGUCGAGAGCAAUGCAUUAUCACAAAUGAGUGUGAGACCAGCACCCUUCCAGCUGACAUGGAGAGGAAGCCUUUGUCAGAGUCGGAACAGCUUCCUGCCUCGCGGGCCCUCGUUAAGCCUGAGGACCUGGAGCCCUUUAAGCCAGGCUGCUCACUGAAGACCCUCAGGACCCUCAGGAGACCCAAGGCCUCCCCAGACCACUUCAUGACCUCCUCCAACCUUAUCGGGUCUGUCAGUGAUCCAUGCACAUCAAACAGCCGCACCUAUGGGGUCCCGUCUGUGCGAGCCGACCUUCCAGCGCCACGCAUAAAGAGAGUCAGUGACACCAACAACUACGGUGAUUCAUCCACAGCUGGAGAUCUUCUGCAUCCAUCAGUCCAUGCCCUUCAGGGUGUUCACGAGAAACACUUCUUCUUACCUCGCACCAAGAAGGAGAUUGCAGAGAUCUUCAGGAAUGUGGGUGUUGAUGUGUCCGAGGAGACGUUCGAGGAAGCUUGGAAGCUGGCGUCUAUGAAGCAUCAAGACGGGGAGGUUUGUGUUGAGGUUUUCCGUAACACACUCAAGGAAAUAAAAGCAAUAUAAUAC